GGCGCGUCUCUCAGCUCUCUGUCGCUCUCUGUCGUGCGAAGGUUCUCCCCUCCCCUCCCAUCCCGUCCCGGACCCCGGUCGCGGUCCCGACUGUCCCGAGUCCCGAGAGUCCUGAUGGGGUCACAUUUACACGGUCGUUUCGUUGGUCUCUCGUGCAUAUCGGUGCAAAAAAGAAAUAGAAGAAAAUAAAAUCAUUGAAGAGAGCUAUAUGCGAAAUUGAGGUAGCAAAGAUAUAAAGAAACAAGGUGUUUGCGAGAUAGAAAUCAACGAUGGACGAUACUUUAGAAUUUGAUUAUGCCGAAAUGCUUCAUCACAUAAGCGUAGUCGUGUCGGACGAUUGCCUACGUUCGGAAAUGGUUGACGGCGUACCGAUACGAAAAUUAUUCGUCAGCAAUUUGGCUGAAAGGACAACUUUCAAGGAUUUACGCACAUACUUUUCUAUGUAUGGAAACGUCGAGAGUUGCUACUUGCGUAGAAAUCAGGGGAAAAGUAACUAUGCGUUUGUCACGUUUACUAAAGUAGCAGAUGCAGUGACAGCGAUGCAAGACGGGAGUAGGAAGCGCAUAAGAUUGCACAACAGAGAUUUAAGGGUGAUGGCCGCAGAUUCUUGGCAUCAACCUGACAGUACGGAGCAGAGAUUGUAUACGAUGGGAAAAGACUCGACCAAAACUUGCGAAAGAAAGCUCAGCACGGAACAAUACGUUCACAAGUAUCUGCAAAAUGACACCGAAAAUGUAUCCAUCCAUAUGCUGAAUGACGACUGCUUGAGACAUAUCUUCCUGUUUUUGCCAAUUAUAGAUAGAGUCCGCAUAGAGAUAGUUUGCAAGCGCUGGAGAGAUUUAAGCCAAGAUUCCUGGCAUAUGAUUAAGACAUUGGAUCUCUCGCCAUCUACGUGGGGUUUCACGUACACCCAUACCAUCCGUACGGCUUUACUUCGCAAAAUAUUACUUAAAUGUGGCAGAUUCUUAACGCGAAUAAAGCUAAAUGACCCGAUUCAUUAUUUAAGCCAAAGCACUUUGACCGUUAUCGGGAAACUUUGCCCUAAUCUUACGAAUAUCGACGUUACCGCACUGACAGUUUGCGCGUCAGGUAUACGUACAUUAGCAAAUAAUUGUAGAAACAUAACCAAGUUUAAUUUAGGACCAUCUACAUAUAGUUGUGAUAACGAGUUAAAGUGUCUCUUUAAGCUAAAUCAAAACUUGGAAUAUCUCGCGAUAACUAGAAAUAACAUUUUGGGUAAAUGCUUAUUAUGCUUGCCAGCGCAAACUAUGCAUACAAUUAUAUUGGACCGUUGCGACUAUCUUCAGGACACUCACCUUUCAAUGGCACUAAAGGAGCUUGAAAAUUUGAACCAUCUCGCGAUAAACGAAUGUAUCGGUAUAACUAAACACACAUUGGAAGUUGUCGGUCAGCAUUGUAAAAGUUUAAGAACAUUGGAGCUCGACGGAGACUUUCCCUCCGCACAAACGGCGGAUAUGUUGUAUUUAAUUCACCUUGUCAAUCUGCAAGUUUUAAAAAUCACGUACAAUCCUAAGAUAUCGGACGAUUUCCUUACCGAUUUAGUACAACAUUGUCAGCAGCUUACCAACGUAGACAUUACAGGUUGCUCCAACGUGAGCGAUGUCGGAUUAACGGCUAUUGCUACGUUAGUAAGACUAGAAAAAUUAAUCGUCAGUUAUAUGCAUCAAAUUACUGACGAUGGCUUGAAAAACGUGUGUGGCUUAAAAGAAUUGGAGUGCCGAAGAUGUCUAUUUAGCGAUCGGGGCAUGACAACGCUCAUCCAAUCCUCGCCCGAAUUACAAUUGUUAGAUCUUUCCGGAUGUAGGAAUAUUAAGGACCCCACUCUUGAGGUGGCUAAAGACGUUUGUAACAGUCGAACUAAUAACGUCAUGUUGAAGAUGAUCGUUGGGGGAACAGCAAUUCUCACUAAGAAAGAAAUAGGUCAAGAGAGACUGCCUCCGCUAUUGCAUAUAGUUCACGUCGAUUUGUCUGAUAUUGGUAGCGUGUCUAAUACGUGUCUCGUGGAUGAGCUGGAUUCUUGGUACGAUGGAGAUUCAGAUUAUACAGAAUAUUCCGAUUACAUAGAAUAUUCAGAUUAUACGGACUAUUCGGAAGAUGAUAUAUACUGUAGAGAACCUGAUGAAUUAGAUCAUUAUUCCGAUUAUUAACACUCGUCUAUAUCACAAUUUUCUACGAUUCUAACCGAUUUUUUUCUACGAUUAGUCUUACCGUCAUUGAGGUUCCUAAGAUUUCGUAUGUCUUGUCACAUGCUGUCCUAUAUUACAUGACCAUUGACUUUAGAGAUACUUAUUCCCACGAAUAUCAUAAUGCUACAAUCAAACAAUUACAUGAAUACACACGCGCGCACAUCCACACCCACUCACACGUACAUGUAGCCACGAUAAACAUGUAUAUAUUUAUUAUAUUAAGUAUUAAUAAAGUGCAAUAAAAUAAAGCAAACGUAAGUUCAUCUUCAUCUACCAUAAAUUCGUACCAGUCUGUGAUCAUACAUACCUGCUUUAUCUGUUCUAUCAGAGAA